AUGCCUUUUGACUUCAAGGCCUACGACCAGAAAUGCCAGGGCUUAACGCUCGAGGAGCUACAGCGAGAAUGGGAGCACUACACCCGCCUAAUCUCGGGCGCUGCCACGUCGACUGCGGUGUCGGGAUGCGCUAUCCCCCUCACGCUCGGCGUCUCGACCAUUGGCGUCGCCAUGGCAGCACCAGCGAUUCACAACGCACGGAAGAAACGCGAGAUCAUCGAACGGCAUCUAAAUCGACUCAACGCGACGCAUAAAACACGAAAACGCGAUGUCCUUGGAAGUAUGGCGGUCAGCGGGACGAUCGGCGUUGUCACCCUCGGGGUCGGAAGCAUGGGCGCUGAUGCAGUCGCGACUGCUGGUGCAGAGCACGGCAUCCAGUCGAUUGUUGCGAAUGAGACUGCUAUUAAGCUCGUGUCGCAUGCUGCGCUUGAUGGCGCGGGGAUGAUGGUAGAGCAUAAGCAUACGGACCAUCUCAAGAAGAAGGAUGCGCGAAAGGCGUUUCAGAAGGCUGGUGUUUUCCAAGCUGUGCAGGAUGCUAAGGCUGCUGAGGCUGGGUAUACAAUUCAGCCGUAUCAGAACAACGGUCAGGUUUAUGCUGCUGGGAGUUCGUCUCAGGCACUUCCGCCGCCGCCGCCACCGUAUAAUGUUGCUGUUGGUCAGACACCUGUACCGCAAGGUUACAACAUGACGCCGAAUGGAUAUCCUCAAGACUUGAAGGCCCCAGUCGCCCAACCGCAAGCUCAGCAGUACCAGUCCUAUUUGACUCCGCAAGCCACCGGACAACCGCCAAUACAACAGCAGUAUGACUACUCACAGCAACAAGUCCCGACAUAUGGUGCACCAUCGCCUAUGCCCCAACCAAACACGCAGAUGUUCUCGCCACCUCAAACUCCAUCUGUGCAGUACCCUCCUCAGACUACGCGGGCACCGAACGUGCACCAGGCACAGCCACAGCCUCUCUACCAACAACAGACAGGAGUUCCGCCCUAUAUCCCUGCUUCAACACCGCAACCCUUCAACAUGGCUGCGAUGCAUCAGGCUCUUCCUCCUGCUACACCUGCGCCGUCAACUCCGUAUCAGCAGCCGCAGGUCCAACAGGUCACAAAUAUGGUCUUGCCUACGCCUCCCCAGGACAGCACUCAGGGCUUUAUGCCUCAGCAAGUACAAUCGCAGCCGACUGGGCAGAUUGCUGGUGCACCUCAAGCGGGAUACUUCCCAUCUGUCCCUGCAACACCAUCUGGAUAUCCACCUGCUGUCACAGUUCCGCACCAGCCAACGCCGCAGCCUGUUUCUGUAGCACAGGUUCCUCCGCCUGCUGACCCGGCCAGUGCCUACCAGAUUCCGGUGCAGCAUGUUGUUCAACAUGAAGCUGGACAUCAGCCUUCACCUGUACCGCCUGCUCAACCACAGUAUCAGCAGCAGCCCGGCUAUGCAACACCCCAGCACACUGGCACUUAUCAACAAGUCCCAGCGCUCGCGCCCGUUGAUCGAAGAAGCUCGUUCAUUGCCCCGCACCAACCAACCUACGCCCCCCAUGCACCAUACAAUCCUCAGGAUUGGGCUCCCAAACCUCAGCAAACAUACACUCCUCAGGCUCCUGAUAUGGCCAAUCCAGCUGCACCGGCCAUGCAGUAUCAGAUGCCGCCCACUCCCCUCCCAACUGGCUCAACAGUGAAUCAGUAUCAGUACGACAACAAAGGUUCAUACUUUCCAGCCCAGCCUCAAACCCCUCAAUUGACAGGACAAGCCCCUCAACAAUAUCCACCAGGAAAUUAUCCCGCCCCGAUGCACAAUCCUGUACAGGUGACGCACUAG